ACUUCCGUAUCUUUCGAAUUUUGCGUUACAAAUUGGUGUGAUGGCUUUGGUAGCAUAUGCGAGUUCGGGAGAGGAUUCUGGUGGUGGGUUUGGUGUAAAAAUCAUAAUCUUAUCCAUAAGAUGAAGACGAGACUGCAGUCGUAAACAAUGAGAAUACUACUACAAAUGGUAGCAUACUAAAAGACCGAGUUGAACCUGAGUUCAGAAUGCGAGUCCCUAAAAGUGCUAAGCUACCAGACCUUGUCCCGAAUAUUCCUAUUGUCAAGACAAAAGACGGAAAAGUCUUACUUUCUGUCCCUGAUUUGGAGGCUCUGGAUUCCUCAGACGACAGUGACGAUGAGAGCGGUCGUUCAGCCAAAAAUAAUAAGUCUUAUCAAAAUUUUAAAUCUGGAACAGAUAAAGUUAGCCUACUUUCUGUUCUUCCACCAACACGUGCACUUAUUGUCCGAGAAGGCAACAGACCAAUGAUACCACAUCAAUUAAUGUCUCGAAAAAAUACAACUCAAAAUGUUGGCGAGAAGCUUACUAUGAAAACGAAACUUGAAAAUGUUGACAAGAAAUCCAACUUGUCAAAUAACAACGAUGAAGAUGAUGUUUGGGAUCCGAACAGCACCAAUGAACAAGACUCCGAUAAAGACACUUCAGAAUUAGCUGAUGAAGAUACUGAAGAAGCUAGUUUCUUUUCAUUUUAUAAACCUGCACCAAAUAAUCAUGAAGCUGUUGCUUCAGAAAGAGCAGCUGCACUAUCAGCGCUACAAGCAGCUCGAAAGAAAGCUGAAUUAGCUAGUAAAGCACCUAUUGCAGACAAUGAAGACAAUCAUUCGUUGAUAACAGUUCAAAUGUCACAUGAUGAAAACUCCACUACUAAUCGAUUCAAUACAAAAUCAUGGAAUGAAUGUCUACCAAAGAUUACUAUAAGUGAUCCAGAAAUUCUACGACAAAUGUCUUCGGUUCAAAAUGAAAUUGCUAAACAAGAUAAAGAGGAUGACAAUGAAGAUGGCGAAGAUAAAGUGUUUUGGACAGAAGAAAACUUUGUUCCAGGUCCAGAGCGUAAACGUGCACGUCUCGUCAUGCCUGGUACAAAAUCCAAUAAUAUCGCUUUGAAUGAUUUGUUACAAUCAACUAAAACAGAAGUGAUAUCAAUAAAUCAAUCUGAUUUAACUGCUGGUGCUCAAUUAGAACUGAUCAAGUCGGUCACAAGUGAUGAUUCACAAUAUAGACCAAAGUCUACCGAUGAUGAUCCUGGUAAAUUGGCGCAUAGAAAGCAUCAAAUCACUUGGCUAGCUCAUCAGGCUCAAGAGAAUGAAAUGGAAUUAGAGAAACGUUGGGCUGAAGCAAGACGUAAUAAAGCGUCAAAUCGAGCUAAAUAUGGAUUUUGAGCUUUUGAGAUUAUUUUUUUUUCUAUUGUCAAAAAAUGUCAAAUUGCGCACAAUCUCACACACACGGAAAUGUCAAUAUUUCACUGUAAGAAUAUGUAAAUAGUACUUGUAACAUAUUGUCUUGGUUUAUUUAAUUUCUUAUUUUUAGAGUAUAUUCAAAUUUCUUUUGUAUGUAUUUUGAUUGACCUACUUACUGUAAAAUAUAAUAUUUUACUGUAAAUUUAAACUGUUCAUUGAUUUAUUUUCUGCUUUCUAAAACAAAGUGUAUUUUGUCAG